GAUUUGAACCAAUCAAGUGAAUGAUAGAUACCGUACCCCAUUUUUUAAAUGGGUACCGGAAUUGUCAUCUUAACUCAAUAGCUUGAGGAAUAGAGGAUGAGUUGAAGCGACAAAUUUGGAGUGGAGAUGUACGAAACUAGCUGAGGGUAAAAGAAAAGAAACGGAAAGGGUAAUUGAGAACGGAAAAAACUGGGUUUAUAUACUGUGUACCAAGCGUGUACAUAUCACAUAUGGCGUGUACAUGUAGCUUUUGUCUACUUUCUUAUAUACGCACCACACAAGUUGAUACUCCCUCUCUUCCAUAUUUAACUUCGUUUUUGACUGGGCACAUGGUUUAAGAUAGUGUGAUUUGUGUGGUGGAGAGUUGAAAAAAGGAGAGGGAAAUGUGUAAGAAUGAUUGUGAACAACAUAUUCUUUACCAAAAAGGAAAAUAGGGGAUAAAUUUGGGACGGACCAAAAUGAAAAGAAUGAAGAUAAUUUUGGGAUGGAAGGAGCAAUUUCUAGGCCACAGUUCACCCUGAACUGGACGUACUCAACCGGUAGAUACGGGGUGCCACCAACAGUAAGUCUCGGCCUCUCGGCCAGAGAAAAGGGAAGAUAUAUACGCAGUACAUAAACACACACAUGGCAAAAUUGGGACAUUAUUUUUCAACGUUAAUGGCUGCGACGCGUGUCGAUUGUUUAACAACUCAAAUACCUUUCGAAAAAGUCUCAACUGUCGGUGGGGAAGUGAUAAGGGCACCAUUACACCACACAUUUUCAGCUUAUAAUUCACCAGUCAAUAUAUAUUCAUAUAUAGUACUCCUACCAUAUGCUCUUCCAGAUAAGAUUUAUUAAUUAUUCCUCAUAACACAAUAUAAAUAAGUAUAUCCACAGUUUUCUUCUUCCUCGGAGGGUUUGUUUAGCGUUUCGUUAGAAGCUGUCUUCUUAACUCUGCUUCCUCACUGUAAAAUGGAAGCUGCAGGUUACAUACAGAGGUUUCAUAGGCAUCAUCCGAAAGAACACCAAAGUUCUGGGACUGUUAUGAAGCACAUCAAAGCCUCCACAGAUAUUGUUUGGUCAUUGGUGAGGAGGUUUGAUGAACCACAGAAGUAUAAGCCAUUCAUCAGCAGGUGUAGGGUGAAUGGUGUUGCAGUUGGGAGUGUCAGAGAGGUAAAUGUCAAGUCAGGACUUCCAGCCACCACCAGCACUGAAAUGUUGGAACUUCUUGAUGAUAGUGAACAUAUUCUUGGAAUCAAGAUUGUUGGAGGUGAUCACCGCCUAAAGAACUACUCAUCAGUCAUUACACUGCAUCCAGAGAUGAUUGACGGGAGGCCAGGAACGCUGGUGAUCGAGUCGUUCUUGGUUGAUGUUCCGGAAGGGAACACACAAGAGGACACCUGUUACUUCGUCAAUGCCCUUAUCAACUGUAACCUCAAAGCUCUGGCUGAUGUCUCCGAGAGGAUGGCGGUGCAGAGUAGAUGGGGUUGAACCUCAGCUUCUUGUUCAGUGUACCGGGUAAAGGGUCCCAUAAUGUUGGGAUUGGAGAGAUUGCUUGAAGCAAUCCACUUUCUCAUCUAUGCAUAUUUCCUCUAGCUAGCUAGGACUUCAAUUGGGGUGGGGUUGAUUUGCUUUUUGUUAUAGUUAGGAAGGUUAAAUAAUCUGUAGUAUCUGUAAAUAUAAAAUAUGCUGCUUUGGAACAUGUGGAAGCAAAGCAAGUCAAUAAUUAUGUUGUACCUACUGCGUGCAUAUUUUUUC